CAGUUGAAAACUGAUUUCCCUCAUAACAAAAUUUAAUUGAGUACAGACGUUAACUUCAUCAAUGAAGACUGGAUUAGUUUUAUUCAUAUUUGUGUCGUUUUUGCUGUGGAUAUGUGAAUCCCUUAAAUGCGAGGACCCAUGGGUAUUACUGCACCGGAACUGUGUACUGUUUGAUAAAACACACAUGUUACCAUGGAAAGCGGCUCAGCAGAAAUGUGAAGAUUAUGGAGGAAGCCUUAUAUCAGUGAACUCCUACAGAGAAAAGAUAGCCCUUCGAAGAGGACUAAUGCCUAGAAUAAAGAAACCGAAUGAAUUAUAUUGGUGGGUAGGUUUAUCUCACAACCGAUCUGAGGCAAGAUGGGUAUGGCAGGAUGGCAGUUUUCUUUCACUACGUUCAAGGUAUAUAUCAAAGAGCCCAUGGGCACAAGGUGAGCCAGAUAAUAGAGGUGGAAACGAGUUGUGCGCAGACUUUCAUUUCUCAGGGAAAAUGUUCGACAAAGACUGCAGUGAACAAAAACCAUUCAUUUGUGAGAGAAUUAAGAUUACACCAGCACCACGACAAACUACAACGACGACGCCGACGCCUUCAUCUGUUUCCUCUACCAGCCCAACCUUGGUAUCAUCAACUAUAUCACCAGAAACAUCAGUUCCUUUACACACAUCUGAUGCUACAACACAGCAGGAUAACAUAUCAACAAAGCAUAAGACAACAGUUACUGUAAACAUAACGAAAACAUCCUUUUCAUCAAAGACGACAAUAUCUCAAUCUAAACUUCAGCCAUUGACGAAGACGACCACAACACCACCAAAACUGACCUCAUCAACACCACCAAAACUGACCUCAUCAACAUUUCACGCACCGAAACCAACAGCUUCCUCAUAUAUAAAUCGUAAACCUGAAUGUCCAGAGGUAUUUGCCUAUGGAAUAAAAUGGCCAGCAACGAGAAUAGCUACAACAGUUAAGCAGCCUUGUCCUGAUACGGCAGGAUAUUCCACCUGGACCUGUGUUCCGAACUCAGGCUGGAAGGAACAGCCAAAUCUGACAGAAUGUUCCUCAUCUGAUAUUCAAAGAAUAAACAAAAUGGUAGAUUCCAUUAUUAAUCGCAAGAGCGUUCCAACAACAGAGGACAUGGUAUCGAUUGCAGCCAACUUAACAGAGAGUGUAGUCACUUCAUAUCACAUGACAGCAGCAGAUAUUUCAACAUCAACAGCCAUACUGCAUCAUAUGGUAAAAGCAAAGCCUAAAAAUGUGAAAGAAACUGAAACGAUGCUUAGGGAAGUUGUUAAGGCUGGGAAUUACCUGUUCAGCAAAACAGAAGUGAGUAGAAAUAUCCUGUCAGAUGACAAAGAACGUGCUGCAUCAGACCUCUUGUUUGUUAUCGAGGAUACUGCUUUAAGAAUGACCGAUGCUCUUCAGACCACUGCAUCUAUUAGUACGAAAACAGAAAAAAUAUAUGUUUCGCUCAAUGUACUGAAUACAAGUUCUUCUGCACAAGACUUGGAAUACAACAGAGGAGAGGAAGGAACAAGUUUCAUUAUACCAUACUCAGUUUUACAAAAAUAUAGAUCAGAUGGAAUAGUCAAGGCGGUAUUUAUGACUCAUUAUGAUCUGGGUAAUAUUCUGAAGACUAACGAUGAUACGGCUGAUGUAGAAGUUGCCAGCAAUGUUGUAUCAGCUUCAAUAGCGGGAGACAAAACCAUUGAGUUUCCAUGUCCUGUCAGGUUCACCAUCCAGUUAUCACGGACCUAUGGGAAAGCUGCUCAACCGUUAUGCUCUUUUUGGAAUUUCUCAGAAGGUGUUUAUGGACAAUGGUCACAAGAAGGCUGUAAUUAUGUUAAAGGAAAUGCAACGCACGUGACAUGUCAGUGUACCCAUCUAACAAACUUUGCUAUAUUGAUGGAUGUUUCUGGAGUAAAGCUGACAUACGAACACACAAAAUUCUUGAGAUACAUAACUUUUAUUGGUUGUAUCAUCUCUAUAUCUUGUUUAGCUUUGAGUUGGAUCACAUUUCAAUGUGUCAGAUCUCUGGAUGGGGAACGAAAUUCCAUUCACAAAAAUCUUGUAUUUUGUCUUUUUGCUGCCGAACUAAUAUUUAUAAUCGGUAUUGACAGAACAGACGAUAGGGUUUCCUGUGCUGCUAUUGCAUUGCUCCUUCAUUUCUUUUUCCUGUCAUCUUUUAUGUGGAUGUUAAUGGAAGGUGUCCACAUUGUGGUUCUUCUUCAACAAGUCUUUGAUACUGCCAAGAAUAAUAUGAGAUAUUACUACCUCGUAGGAUAUGGAAUAUCAAUUACAAUCGUUGGUACAACAGCUGGUAUAAAUUUUAAGGCAUAUGGAACGGACGAUUUCUGCUGGAUAACAACAGACCAAUGGUUCAUUUGGAGUUUCACGGGACCAGUUGCUGUAAUAUUGAUAAUUAAUACAACAAUUCUUAUGUACGCCUUAUCAAUGGUAUGCAGGCAUUCAGCAUACGUAUUUGCUAGGGAAAGAAGCCAGCAAAGUAAUUUCAGGGCAUGGAUACAGGGUGCUUUUGCUGUUGAAGUUCUUCUGGGAUCAACAUGGGUAUUUGGAUAUUUCUUCAUCAAUGAAUCAACAGUAGCGUUUGCAUAUACAUUUACAGUUCUCAACAGUAUUCAGGGACUUUUCAUUUUCAUAUUUCAUUGUUUAUUGAAUAAAAAGAUUCGCUUUGAAUACAAAAAACUGGCACAUGUAAGACACAACUCGCAAAGUUCGACAAAAUCAGCGUCAUUCAAAAAGAAAGACGGUUCAUAUGAAGUGUAUGUUUCAACUUGAGUAAAGUGGACAAAGGACGCCCCAAAUGUGUUCAAUACAUUGGCCAGUAAUACAUGCAUAAUUACGUUUACAUUCUAUGCAUAAUCAAGUGUUAUUUUUGCGUACGAAAUGAUAGUGUUCACCUACAAGGAGUUUCUUAAAUAAGACAAAUAAAGGAAACGUAUGCAUUGUGAAGAAAGGACGAGCAUAAUAUGUACAUUUAUGUUUACUGUAUAUAUAUAUAUACAUAUAGAUGUCAUUUUCUGAAAAUCACAUUUAUUUUCAGAUCAGAUCAUGAUUUAUUGAAUCGUAUAUUGUUGACAGUUGAUUUCAAUAUUGCUUUAAAUAAAUGUUUACAUAUUGAUA